AAAUCUGAUGCUGUCAGCGUCAGGUCGAUAAAAACUCGCCGAUCCUUCCUCUCUCCUCACCUCCCUUCUCGUUCCGACCCGGCCGCCGCCACAUCUCCAAACCCUAGCUAGGGUUUUGCCCAGCCAUCCCCUUCUCGCUCCCUCGCCCCCAUGGAUCCCUUCUCCAAAAAGCGCAAGGCCGAGGAGAACGGCGCCGCCACCGCCUCCCCCGCCGGCGGGGCCGCCGCGCUGGGCCUCACCCGCGACGACGUCCUCCGCCUCCUCGAGCCGCUCUCCCGGGACCAGCUCGCCGACAUCGCGGCCGCGGCCGCCCUCGUCUCGGCGCACGCGCUCGACGCCGUGCGCGCCGCCGCCGACCGGGACCCGGCCCUCCGCAAGCUAUUCGUGCGGGGGCUCGGGUGGGAGACCACCUCCGACUCGCUCCGCGCCAUAUUCUCCGCCUACGGCGACCUCGAGGAGGCCGUGGUCAUCACCGACAAGAAUACUGGGCGGUCCAAGGGCUACGGCUUCGUCACGUUCCGCCACGCCGACUCCGCCGUCCUCGCGCUCAAGGAGCCCUCCAAGAAGAUCGACGGCCGCAUGACCGUCACGCAGCUUGCUGCCGCCGGCGCGGCCGGAGGGCCUUCCGGUGGGGCCGCGGGCAGCGGUGGUGCUCCUGUGGCGGAUGUCUCCCUUCGAAAAAUCUUUGUCGGCAACGUCCCUGCCGACAUGUCGUCCGAGCGCCUCCUUGCGCACUUCGCUUCUUAUGGCGAGAUCGAGGAGGGGCCGCUGGGUUUUGAUAAGCAGACGGGCAAGUUCCGUGGCUUUGCCCUCUUUGUGUACAAGACGCCUGAGGGUGCGCAGGCCUCGUUAGUGGACUCGGUUAAGGUAAUUGAUAACCACCAGCUUGUAUGCAAGCUCGCAAUAGAGGGGAAGAAGGGGAAGCAGGGGCAAUCACAACAAUCUGGGGCUGCCAACCAGCAGCAGCAGCAGAUGAUGCAGGGUGGUCCACAGGAAAUGCAGGGAGGGCUUGGGCUUGGGCCUGGGCCACAGAUGGGAGCGCAGUAUGGUGGCCCUGGGAGUGGUCUGUCUUCAUUCGGUGCAUUUGGUGGUGUUGGCGGCGGGUUUGGGGGUCCAAACCCUUAUGGAAACAUGCCAUCUUCCAUGGGUGGAGGGGGUGCUGGUGGUUUAGGCUCAAUGGGAGGCCAGGUGCCUACCGGUUUGGGUGGUGCUGGGGCUGGCGCAUUUGGGCCUGGUGGAAUGGGUGGUGGCUCGUUUGGUGGAUCAUCUCAGUUUGGUGCUGGUGGGAUGGGGGCUUAUGGUGGCCUUGGAAUGGGUGGAGGUUCCAUGUACCGCAUGCAACAGGGUGGAGGUGGGCUGCCUGCAGGUGCCUUUGAAGGAGGGAACUACCCCCUUCCAGGGUCGGGUUUCCGUGGCCAGGACCCUCAAGGUGGGAUGUCACCUGGGCCAGGUGGCAGGGCUCCUCCUAUGUAUCCCAAUGUGCCGCCUUAUUUCUAAGUGAAUGUAUGACUCAGGUGUGUGACAACUCUUGGGAGCAUAUGCUUUGCAAUGGUUGUGCUGAAUUCACAUGGAUGUCUUGCAUAUUCUGGCUAGUGGCUACUUCUGAUCUGGAUUCUGGAAUGAGUUUGCACUACCAGUGUUCGAUGUUGGAUAAAUCAAGCUAGUUUAGUGUUUCUUGACAAUGCUUCACAUGUACUUCUUUAUGACUGCUUUGCAGUUUUCAGUUUACAUAGAUAAGUGAAGUUGCACUCAACUGUACUGUGUCUUGUUUAUUGUAGUAUUAUCAUAUGAGAUCCCUUUGUUAUUAUUGGCCUGUGAUCUGUUCAAUCUUGCCUUUUUAUUAGUGGAGACAUGCUUGGUGAGUUGUGGGCUGUUUGUAUGUAUGUAUGAUUGUAAUACGGGCUUCUUUUUUCCUUUUACAUUUAUAGUCUGGUUGCCGAAUGCUGCA